CUUUCUCCUCUCCCGCCCUUCCCUUCCCGUCCUCGCCGUUCCCUCUGAGCUCUCGGUGUCCCCAAGCUGUCCCCAUGGCGUGUCCCCUGGAGCAGGCGCUGGCCGUGAUGGUCGCCACUUUCCACAAGUACUCGGGCAAGGAGGGGGACAAGUACAAGCUCAGCAAGGCCGAGCUCAAGGAGAUGCUCCUGAAGGAGCUGCCGAGCUUCAGCAAACAAACCAGCGAGGCCAGUUUACAGCAGCUGAUGAGCAGCCUGGACUGCAACAGCGACAGCGAGGUGGAUUUCCAGGAGUACGUGACCUUCCUGGCCUGCAUGGCCAUGAUGUGCAACGACUUCUUCCAGGACCUGCCGGACAAGAUGCCACGCAGGAAGUGAGCGCGC